UUUCCCCGGCUGGGGAUGAGUCAAGUCUUAUCUUUUUACCUGUCAACAUUAUUUCAGUUUAAGUGAGGGUCUGACUUUGAUUGAUUUCUGUCACACUGAUCAAACUCGGCUGAGGGAAGUUGUGGAAAAGGCUGUUAAAUUCAUCUGUAUGGAAGCAAACAUCAUUUUUGAGUCGUAACUGGAAAAACUUGGAUGGAUUGAUUUCAUCCACCAACAAGAUUACAAGUUGUUUUGGACAUUCAGGAUGCAUCAGGGACUGUUCCUUGUGACCUGAAGGCGUGCAGUAUUGAACUAAAAUAUUCUCCAUCGCCAAGUUAAAAAAUCAUCAAAAUAAAAAAAAUAUAAAAAAGCGGAAAAAAACAGCGUUGCUCCCAAAGAUCAACAUGUCAGCCAUGAGAAGUUGGCCUCUGCUCCUCAUCUUCCUCCUGCUUCAUCACAACCCCUCACUGGCUUUUUCACUGAAAAACUGUACAGCUGUCUAUUCUGAAAACGUCAAAUAUCUGUGGGUUACAUGUCGAGAGCGCGACCUCACUGCUAUUCCAGAUGACAUUCCCCGAAAUGCAGCAUCACUAGACCUCAGCUCAAACAACCUUCUGAAGAUCACCAGGACAGAUUUGAGGUGUUUGUCAAAGCUCACUGAAUUACAAGUUCAAUUUAACUUGAUUUCACACAUUGAUGAUGGAGCUUUUGCAGACCUGAUGGAGUUAAGGGCCUUUAACAUGGAAAACAAUAAACUUACAAACCUGACAGACGACACGUUUCUAGGACUGUCCAAAUUAGUCUCACUGUCUCUGAAUCAGAACCAUAUCUCAUAUAUCUCCCCCGUGGCCUUUCAGCCACUGGUCAGCAUACAGGUAGUAUCUCUGGGCGCCAACCGCCUACAUCAAAUUGCAGACAUUGCACCAAUCUUCAAAUUACCAACUUUACAUUUUUUGUACCUUGGGUAUAACCAGUUGACCUCUUUUCAAUCAGACGACCUGCAUGUUAAUGUCUCAAACCUCAGGUUACUGCAGCUGAGCAUGAACCCACUAAGAAAGUUCAGCAUCACAAAAGACAUCUUUCCUCACCUAAGCUCUCUCGACUUGUGCAAGUGCACCAUCGACAUUGAGUGGGAUGUACCAAACAAGACCUUUCUGAGGAGCCUGAUUAGUUUGUCCUUUAGUGGAACUUAUAUUAGCUUUGAGGCCUACAGAGGGAUGCUGCAGACCGCUGACUCCCUACAAACACUUAAUCUGUACUUCAUGAAGACGUGGAUAGAUGAAGGUCUCAUAGAUAUCGCCUGCCAAAUUCCUUCUUUAGGAGUUCUUGAUGUAACGGUUAGUGACAUUGGCACCAUAGACGAUAACCUGCUUCGGUCUUGUUCUCGGCUAACUGAUCUCGUUCUAUCUCGUAAUCACCUGUCUGAGCUGUCCAAGCAUUCGCUUAGCUCCAUGACGCAGCUCAGGCGGCUGGUUUUGGACAGCAACCAUCUGCCUCAACUUCCACUUGCACUCCGAGGACUCUCCACACUGGAAAUCUUGGAUCUGAGCACCAAUUUCAUCAGCGGGCUUGAUUGCCAUGACUUCUAGGAUUUGACAAGAUUAACAGAACUUAAUCUGAACCACAAUCGCAUUUCAAAACUUAAAGGGUGUGUUUUUCAAAACUUGAACAAUUUAAAGGUACUUAAUAUUGGAGAAAACGCUAUUUUUACUUUUGACAAUGCCUUCAAAGUUAAUUUGUGCAAACUGGAAUCUUUGAAUUUGCACAAUAGUGGUUUCCUAAAGAUCAUGCAAGGAGACUUCAGGAAUCUGUCUUCCCUCAGUUUUCUGGAUUUAGAAUCAAACAAAUACUACACUGUAUACGACGGGGCUUUUGAAGGACUCGAUAAUCUACAAACUCUGAGUCUUUCACUUGAUCAGUACCAAAGGACUACCACAAUUAAAAAAUCUGAUGCUACAUCUUACUUGGAACCAGAAGAACUCUCAACAACAUGAUGAGCCGCCGUUCUCAAAUUUACCCAACUUGAGGCAGCUUGUACUCAAAGUUUACGACACGUAUUAUAUGGAAAUUUUGCCAGAUCUGCUCAGAGGUCUGAAAUCUUUAGAGUACUUCAGGUCGGAGAAAUUCUUCACAAAGUCAUUGCACCCAGACACAUUUAAAUACACUCCCCAACUUAAAGGUCUUCAGAUAAUCCACAGUGAGCUGUCAGCUUUAACCCCUGAACUGUUCUGGCCCAUCCCAAACCUACAGGUACUCGAUCUCUCCUACAAUAGAAUCAGGUCUUUGGAUUUUCUGGCCAGGGCCAACCUGCCAGCUCUCACCUGGAUAAAACUCAGUAACAAUAUGUUGUCAGUCAUCAACGUGACAGCCUUCCAAUCCCUCCCUGCCUUGACAUAUCUGGAUCUGACUGGUAACCCGUUAACAUGUGAAUGCUCUAAUUCUGGCUUUAGCCAGUGGCUGCAGAGCAACAACCAGACACAGGUUGUUAAUGGCCACCAGUUCACUUGUGCCUUUCCAGUUAGCCAACAGGGAAACAAGUUCUUGGACUUUGACAUCAGUUCCUGUUGGAUGGACGCUAGCUUUGUCUGCUUCAUUUCUAGCGCUGGUCUGAUUGUGUUUACUCUCCUCACAUCCUUCAUCUACCACUUCCUGAGGUGGCACCUAGCCUAUACCUACUACCUCUUCCUGGCCUUCCUCUAUGAUAAGAAGAGAAGCAAAGACACUCCUCACCAAUACGAUGCUUUCGUCUCCUACAAUAUUCAUGAUGAGGAGUGGGUCUACAGAGAGAUGCUUCCGGUGCUGGAGGGGGAGCAAGGCUGGAAACUCUGUCUGCACCACAGGGACUUUGAACCAGGGAAGCCCAUAGUAGAGAACAUUACAGAGGCCAUCUACGGCAGCUGGAAGACCAUCUGUGUGAUCAGCCGACACUACCUGCAGAGCGAGUGGUGCUCCAAAGAGAUCCAGAUGGCCAGCUUUCGUCUGUUUGAUGAGCAGAAGGACGUGCUGAUCCUGCUGUUCCUGGAGGACAUCCCAGCCUAUCAGCUGUCUCCGUACUACCAGCUGAGGAGCCUGGUAAAGAGAUGCACCUACCUGAGCUGGCCACAAGCCAGCCAACACGCCGGAGUCUUCUGGCAGAACGUACGUCAAGCUCUGGAGGGAGUCGAACGUCCGGAUGAGCGCACACACCUCCUCGCUGGACAUCCAGGCUUCAAUCAGUGAGGUCUGAGAAACUCCCUCAGAACCAGAGAUGAGAAAAGAAAAUUAUUUGAUGAUGAAAUCCAAAAAAUCUAAAUAAAAAACAAGCAUGAGUGUCACAACAGGCAGAUAUGAAUUUUAAAUUUUUCAACACAGCUAAGCCAAUCAAAGUCAAGGACUGGAGCUAUCUGUUACAUUACGAAUACAAUAUCAGUCACAGGUGAUGUUUCUCUAUAGAACAAGUCCUUUUACUUUUGAUUUCGCUGAUGAUGCUUUUGUGUGAUGGACUUUCUAACACUUCUUUUUUAGUGAAUGGAAUGCUGAUUGCAGGUGAUUUUGUCACGUACCUGUACUGAACUGUAAUACAGAGGUGUGUUUU